CCGCGCGUGCGCACGUCCGCGCUGCUCGGUCGCGGUGCGGCCUCCGCCGUCUCCUCUGCAAAUGGGCUCCCCGGCCUAGCGCCCCGUUCCCGCCACCGUGACCGCGCGCCCAGGUCCGCGAGGGGCCGCCGCCGAGGUUUCCACCAGUCCACAGCAAGAGCAUGGCGGCCAUCCCCUCCAGCGGCUCGCUCGUGGCCACCCACGACUACUACCGGCGCCGCCUGGGCUCCACUUCCAGUAACAGCUCCUGCGGAAGUGCCGAGUGCCCUGGGGAAGCCAUCCCCCACCCCCCGGGUCUCCCCAAAGCCGACCCGGGUCACUGGUGGGCAAGCUUCUUUUUUGGGAAGUCCACUCUCCCAUUCAUGGCCACGGUGCUGGAGUCCCCAGAGCACUCGGACUCUCCCCAGGCCGCCCGCAGUGUGAUCACCUGUGACCUGGCUGGGGAAGCCACAAGGAAGCAGCCUGGCGGCCAGCCUGGCAGAGCCAACGCUGGGCCCCCGUCCUGAGUGGCCGCCAGCAGACUUCCAGAGGCGCUAGGCUCUCUGAGCCCCCCCCCACCCCCCACCCCACCUCCUGUAGACUAGGCCGGCUGCAACAAGCAGACGCAGUUGGGUUCUUUUAUAGCAAAACAGCAAAACACCAAAAAGGAAGUCGAGAGAGCCCCACUCUUUACUACCCAAGCCACAUGCAAGCCUGCCUAACACCCAUAACCAUGUGCCUUGCACCAAGUGGAAAAUAAAUGAGAAGCAGCCAGCA